AUGAGUAAGAAUCAAUCAUUAAUAUAUGAAAAAAAAAGGCUUCAAAAAUAUUUGAGUUAAUCAAAUUUAGAUAAGGAAUUGAUGAAUGAUAUAUAGUAAAUGGAAUAAGGAUUAUAGUUAAUAAAUUUUGAUGAAAAUAAAUCCCUUAUAUAAGGAAAUUCUUUUAGACAAUAGUUAGUAUCUGCUUUAAAUGGAAAAAGCGGUAAUUUAAGUGAAAAUUUUGAAAAUUAAAUGAAAUCAAGUUGUAAUUAGAAUUAAAAAAUUAUUGUUCUUUAAGAUAAAAUAGCAUAAUUAUAUGAUGAAAAUGACAAAUUGUAGAGAUAAUAAUUGUAGAGCUUAGAUGAUUUUAAGGAGAUAUUUCUUUUGAAGGAAUCUGAAAUGGUUAUAUAAUUAAGAUAAGAAAUAGAUAACUUAAAAGUAGAAAAAGCAUAAGGAAAGGCAAAAAGUGUAUUAUAAUAAGAAAUAGUAAAAUUAGAGAAAAAAUUGAUUAAGAAAGAUGAGGAAAUAUAAUUUAUAAGGAAAGGAAGUUCAAUUUUUAUAGAGAUGUGUGAGAAAGCUAUUGUUUAAGAUAGAGAUUGGAUGAUAGAUUUAAAUAAUUUAGAUGAAAGUUAUGCUUAGAGAUGGAGAAUUAUUUGUGAUAAGUUGGUGGAGUAUGAUUAAUUAUAAGGAGAAAUAAUGAAGAAUCAAAAUGAAAUUUAAGAAUUAUAAUUGUAGAUAAAAAACAAAGAGAAUUUGAGUUUAAGAAGCAUGAUAAUGAAAUAAAGUUUAUCAUUUGAUGAUGAAGACAUUUUUAGUAUGAGAUCUACAGUUACAAAAUUAAGAUAAGAAUUAGAAUAAGAAAAAGUUGAGAAUACAAAAUUAUAGUCUUAUUUAAAAUCCUAUUUAAAGGAUGAAUAAAGAUUUGAAGUAUUAAAUAGAUAUAAAAUUUAGGAAUAAAAUUAAAGAGUUAAAGAGGAAAACAAAUCUUUACGAAAUAGAAUAUAUGACCUAUAAGAAGAGAUCAAAUAGUUAAAUAAGAAAAUUUAGAAUUGUCAGGAUGGAGCAUUGGCAUCACAUUUAAUUUCUUUAUUAAUUAAGUUUUUCGAAUCUUUAUAAAAAGAGUUUAAAUUAUAAUAUUAUUCAUAGGAAUAAAUAAGAAAUAAAAGUUUAUUAUCAAAGUUUAAUGAGUCUUUGUAGGAUAGAAUAUAAUGAAUAAGUUAUAAACAAAUUAUUUCAGUGUGUAGAAAAGAAAAAUCAAGGAGUAUUCGGAAUAUUUAGAAGAGAUAAGACCAAAGAUAAAUGA